AGCCCGGUGGAAACAUCGUGAACAUUAAUUCGAAGAUGGAACCGGCACUGCGAUCCCGGAGGCGGCGAAGACGGUGGGCAAGAGCGCCGGUUUCCGUCGUUGUCUUGGUCGCAACAGCCCUUCUCGCCACCACGGUGACGAUACCUAGCAGGGUGGAGGCCAUGUCCAUCUUGUCGAACCGCAACAGCAAGAAAGUCCCCAGCAUCGACCAGUGGAAGUUGUCGGAGAAAGACGGAACCCUGACGGGGAUCGUAACGGGGCAUCCCGUGUUGCAGGACGGCGACAAAAUCACGACGAGCCCGCUUUCGAAUCCAGAUUUUGCGGCGAAGGGGAAGGGAACGGUGGUAACGACGUUAUCGGGAACGAAAUACAAGCUAGAGACGCCCAAGAAAGUCAACAAGGGGCCUUUCUCGCUGUUUGGGGGUGGCAACAAAAACAAGAAAAAGGCCGAACCGCCCAUGCUUCCAUCGGUACCGGAGGGUCCGAUCAAGACAACCAAAGAGAACAUUCGCAAGAACGGAGGAAUACCCACCAUCGACAAGUGGAGGAUCGACCCAGAGAGCGGACGGCUCACCGGAAUCGUUACCGGCCACCCCGUCCUUCCCGAUGGCGAUCACAUUUCGGCAUCGCCGCCGGUAGAAAGCUUCUUCAAGAAAGGUUACGUCAUCACGACCGAAACCGGGAGUCGGUACAGGUUGAAGAACCCGAAGAGGGGGAUCGGUGGUAUUUCGCUGAAGAAGACACCCAAACCACCCACGCCGGAAGACACGCAACAAGAAAUAGACGACCAGAUGGCAAAACUCGACUCGAAGAACAACAUGCUGGGUGCGGUUGCCGCUGUUGGCGUGGCCGGGGUGGUGGGUCUCAACGUAGCGAACAACGAUCCGGGUGCCAUCCUUGGUGCCAACUUCCAGAGCAACGGCAACAACAAUCUGGACAGCAGCAACAGCAUCAUGGUGGGAAGCAAGAGCAGAACGGGGGUCGCUCCACCGACGUCACCGUCGUCCUUUACACUGGCGCCAACAACACCUCUCGUGCCAGCGCAGCAGGAAGACGAUAUUCUCGGCCUGCGGCAGGAGCAAGAGGAGGCCAGGAACGAGAAAGCCGCCGCAGACGAAAAACUCAGGGCCGAACAACAAGAACGAAGGGAGCGAGAAGCGGCAAAGGCCGAACGGCUCGCGCUCGAGAAGCGGGAGCGAGAGGCGGCGGCGGCCGAGCAGCUCAGGAUCGAACGGCAGGAGCAAAAGGAGCGGGAAGCGGCGGCGGCCAAGCAAAAGGAACGCGAAGCCGAAAAAGCGAGAAUCGCCGAGAAAGAAGCAGAGGAAGCGAGGCUCGAGCGGCUGGCCCGGCAGCGAGAAACCGAACGCCAGCGUCGCCUCGAAGAAGAAGAAACCGCCAGAAAGUUUCUCGAAAAAGCAAGGCUCGAAAAAGAGCAAAAGCUUGCCCGGCAGCAGGAAAUACAGCAGCAGCAGCAAGAACGAGCGAGGCUCAGGUUGGAAGCUGCAGAAAAUGUCAAGCGAGAAGCAGAACGCAAGGCAGCUGCCAACGAGAAGGCCAAAGCCGAACUGCGAGAGCGACAAGAAGAAUUGACGUCGCUGAAGAAGCAACGCCAGCAACAGCAGGAAGAAACAAAACGAGAGCAGCAACGAGAAAAAUCCAGACUUCGACUGGAAGCAGCAGAGCGAACCAAACGUGAAGCGGAAGAAAAGGUGGCAGCGAAUGAGAAGGCCAAAGCCGAACUGCAGGAGCGACAAGAAGAGUUGACAUCACUGAAGAAGCAACGCGAGAAACAGCAGGAACAGGAGCGACGACAAGCAAUCGAUAAGGCCGAUCGAGCCAAGAUCGAAAGCGACGCUAGAAAGGCCGAAGCCCUUGCAAAAGAAUUGGAGCAACGACAAAAAGCAGAGAGAGAAUCCUCGGUUUGGAAGACGAUCCAAACGGGAGUGAAGGGAAUUGCCGUAGCCGGUGCCACGGGUGCCGCGGGCCUUGUCACCUCGUUCGAGUUGCGACGAAGAAUGCCCCAGAACAACCAAACAGAAGCCGCGACAGGUUCCUCCAUCGACCGAAACACAACAAGUUCUAGAUCAAUGGGCAUAUCUAUCGAAGAUUCGAGCGACUCGUCCGUGGAAAGCUCCUCGACCGACCAAAAACCAAAACCACCUUCGAAAAAACUGAAGGGAAAAAAGACUCUGGCUACAAACAUCACUGAAAAGUUGAAAUUUGUCGACGGAAUCGAUGAUCUUUUGGCGGAGGUGGAAACUGUCCUGGCCGAAGUAGACGACAAAACAAAGGAUAAGGGCACAGCAAAAUCAGCAACAUCGCAAAAUGCUUCGGAGUCGAUUCCAGUCUACUUCGCCAAAACGAACAACCCAUCUAAGGGAGAUCGCUCCAGUGAAGAUAAGAUUGGAGAAAUGUACUUUGGCGCCGGGGCAACUUCAUCGGACAGUGGCAUCAACGCAGAAGCUUCUGACGGACCUGACGAAGAAGUUGCAGCGAUCGAGACGGAAGGAACAGCGCAACUAAUAGCAGAUGGGGCAGGAGAAAUAGAAAGGAUCAAGGCAGAAGAAUCAGUCCGACUCGAAGAACUUGCAAGACUAGAAGCCGAAAUGGAGGAAGAGGAGUUGAAAGGUCGAAAACUUCAGGCAGAAGAAGAAGCUAGGCUGAAGGCGGAAGCGGAGGCAAGACUUCAAGCGGAAGAGGAAGCCAGGCUGAAGGCGGAAGAAGAGGCAAAUCUCCAGGCAGCCGAAGAAGCUAGACUCCAAGCAGCAGAAGAAGCCAGACUCAAGGCAGAAGUAGAGGCAAGACUCCAAGCAGAAGAAGAAGCCAGGCUAAAAGCAGAAGAGGAGGCAAGACUCCAGGCAGAAGAAGAAACAAGACUCCAGGCAGAAGAAGCCAGACUCCAAGCAGAAGAGGAUGCAAGUCUCCAAGCAGCAGAAGAAGCCAGACUCCAGGCAGAAGAAGAAGCCAGACUCCAAGCAG